AUGUUCUCCCCGCUGACCCUCAUCUUCCGCGCAAUGUCUCUCCUGGACAACCGGCACGACUGGGUCGAGUCGGAUACGGACGCCGUGUGUCGGUUCUGCGUGCGGGCUAUGGCGGAGCGUAGCCGGCGGGCCGAGGGCGAGGGCGAGGGGGGCGUGGGUGUUGAGGGCGGUGUUGUGCUGCGGGGUGAGUGGAACUCGGGAAAGCAGGGACUUGCUUACAUUGACGAAGACGCCGCUACCGGCGCCGACACCGACGCCGACACCACCGCGCACACCCCGACACCCUGCUGCGAGACCUCGGCGCGCUGGCACGCGUCCCUCAAGUCCAUCGAGCUCGAGCAGGCGCUGUUCCUCUCCCUGCCCAUCGUGUGUGCGCUGGGCGCAAGCGGCGGGCUCAUGGCGUUUGGGGCGACGACGGCGGUGUACUGCGCGAGCUGUGGCGACACUGUGCCGGUCAUGUUCUGGCUCUUCAUGGGCGUCGCGGCCGUGUGUCGCCGGCUGCUGAAGCACAUGGCGCGGCGGGUGCUCCCGCUGAUCCACCAUCGCGCAGUGCAUGCGUUCCUUGAAAGCUUGCUGCACUACGCCAUGCUGGGUGUCGUGCUUGCUGUGGUGACUGUUGCCUUUGUCCUCGAGCACCACAACCCCUCGGCAUACUCGCAUAGACUCGCACUCGCGCUCGCGUGGUGCGCCUCGCUUUGGCUGUAG